CCGCGCGCGUCUCUUCCUUCCCCUCAGGAUCAAACUGCUGCUCUUCCGCGAAACGCCGAGCCGACAAUGGCACAACUGGUGGGACCUCUUCGCAAAGAGCUCGCCGACUCUCUGUCCUCCUGUCGGGUGUUGGUGGUCGGGGCGGGAGGCAUCGGCUGCGAGCUGCUGAAAAACCUGGUCCUCACCGGUUUUAAGAAUAUUGAAGUGAUCGACUUGGACACCAUUGAUGUCAGCAACCUCAAUAGACAGUUCCUGUUUCAGAAGAAACAUGUUGGAAAGUCUAAAGCUCAGGUUGCCAAAGAGAGCGUGCUUAGGUUUUGCCCAUCUGCGAAUAUCACUGCCUACCAUGACAGCAUCAUGAACCCAGAUUACAAUGUGGAAUUCUUCCGGAAUUUCCUACUUGUCAUGAAUGCUUUGGAUAAUAGAGCGGCCAGAAAUCACGUCAACAGGAUGUGUUUGGCUGCAGACAUUCCCCUCAUUGAGAGUGGCACGGCAGGGUAUCUGGGACAGGUUACAGUUAUCAAGAAGGGUCAGACAGAAUGCUACGAGUGCCAGCCGAAACCUACACAGAAAACCUUCCCAGGGUGCACCAUUCGCAACACGCCCUCUGAACCCAUUCACUGCAUUGUGUGGGCCAAAUACCUCUUCAAUCAGCUUUUUGGCGAGGAGGAUGCGGAUCAGGAGGUUUCGCCUGACACAGCUGACCCUGAGGCCGCCUGGAACCCUGCAGAAGCAGCAGCCAAAGCUACAGCCUCCGACCAGGACGGAGACAUCAAACGAGUGUCCACUAAAGAAUGGGCUCGCUCCACAGGCUACGAUCCUGUUAAACUCUUCAAUAAGCUUUUUAAAGAUGACAUCAUGUAUUUGUUGACCAUGGAUAAGUUGUGGAAAAAGAGGAAAGCCCCAGUUCCUCUAGACUGGACAGAAAUCCAGCAGCUUGCAAGUUCUCAGGAGGAGGCCUGUGGCACAGGUCUGAAGGACCAGCAGGUGUUGGGUGUUCAGGGUUACGCUCAGCUCUUCCAACGCAGUGUAGAAACCCUCCGAUCUCAGCUGAUGGAGAUGGGUGACGAUGCAGAGCUAGUUUGGGACAAGGACAACCCUUCAGCCAUGGACUUUGUAACGUCGGCCGCAAACUUGCGCAUGCACGUAUUCAGUAUGAACAUGAAAAGCCGCUUUGAUGUCAAAUCCAUGGCAGGAAACAUCAUUCCAGCAAUAGCCACCACUAAUGCUGUCAUUGCCGGUCUCAUUGUUCUGGAGGCGCUGAAAAUUCUCAACUCAGACUUUGAGAAAUGUCGCACAAUCUUCUUGAACAAGCAGCCCAACCCCAGGAAAAAGCUUCUGGUACCAUGCGCACUGGACCCUCCCAAUUCAAACUGUUACGUGUGUGCCAGCAAACCUGAAGUCACAGUGAAACUGAACGUGCACAAGUCCAUUGUGAUAACUCUUCAGGACAAGAUAUUGAAGGAAAAAUUUGGCAUGGUGGCACCAGAUGUGCAAAUUGAAGAUGGAAAAGGAACAAUCCUCAUCUCCUCAGAGGAGGGAGAGACUGAAGCAAACAAUAACAAAUUUUUGGCUGACUUUGGGAUUCGGAACGGGAGCCGUCUUCAAGCAGAUGACUUCCUUCAGGAUUACACGCUUUUGGUCAAUAUACUUCACAGUGAGGAGUUAGAAAAGGAUGUCGAGUUUGAAGUGGUGGGUGACGCCCCAGAUAAGGCACCAGUUCUAAGUGACCCAGAGGAGGGGAAAAGCAUCACCAAUGGAAACAAAGAUUCUGCCCAGCCUUCUACCUCAUCUAAAGUUAAGGCCAUCACAGCAGCUGCAGAGGACGAUGAUGUCCUUAUCGUAGACUCCGAUGAAGAACCAUCCUCAAGCACCAUGGAAGCUUCCCCAGAGACAAGUAAUCGCAAGAGGAAGCACCAUGACGCUGAAACGGACGAUGCUGCGUCUAAGCGCAAACGCCUUGACCAACAGCCAGCGGACGAUGAUGACAUCAUCGCUCUAGACUAGCAUAACAAUACAAAUUUCCUUCUCCGAUAGCGGAUUUUCCUCCAUUGUAUUUUCAUAUGAUUUCUUACCAAACAUGUAAAUAUAUCUGUACAAAAUGGUUCAAGCUCAUUUGAUGUCGUCUUUUCUUUUUUUCCUUUGUUUUUUGAGAACAGAAAAUGGCUGAAAUAUGAACUGCACUUAGUUAGGUUUUUCUCAGAAGGAUAAAGUGCUGUUUAACUUUUUUUAAAUUUACAUUGAGUGUCUGCUGGUAUAUCAGUGUGUCUCAAAAAAUUGCUCCUGGUAUAUCGGUGCAUUUUAUCUUUGAAAACCAUAUUUAUUACAGUUUGUUUUUGCUGCCAACCUUCGGAAUAUUUAAGAACACCAACUCCUUUUACGGUAGCGCUGUAUUACCCGGCACUCGUGGAUUUGUAUAUCAUCUUGCAUUGCUUUAGUACCACAAUGAAAAACAAUUGUGACUUUUUUUUUUAAGAAAAUACACUUGAACAAGUAUUUUUA